GUUGCCAAGGCAGUGUCCAGAUUUCCAAGUCUUCUUGGCUACAGCAUCGGAGAGAAUCUGCGGCCAACGGUGGAUUGGUUGAAGGGCUUGGGCUUGAGUGACAGCGUGGUUGGCAAGGUUGCCAAGGCAGUGUCCAGACAUUCUCAGCUUCUUGGCUACAGCAUCGGAGAGAAUCUGCAGCCAACUAUGGAUUGGUUGAAGGGCUUGGGCUUGAGUGACAGCGAGGUUGCCAAGGCCGUUUCGAAAUAUCCACGGUUGCUUGGUUGCGGCAGCGCUUCUAACAGCUUGGAUCCAAUGGUGAGCUGGCUUGUCUGCAUCGGUGUGAACAGAUUGGAUAUCAAGCAUGUAAUUCUUCGCUUUCCAAUCAUCAUGUCGCUGAGUCUGUCCAGGAAUUUGAGACCCAAGAUGCAGCUCCUGCGGCAAUAUUUCUCGCUUGAGGAUGCUCUUUCACUAGUUGUGGCAGAUCCCCGCAUCUUCAGCUACAGUGCCUCGCGCUUGCACGCACGCCUGGCGCUGCUGGCAAGCCGGGAGCAGCUAGCAAAGUUCUCCGGAGCACUGCGCAUGACGGUGUCAAGCUUCGAAUCCAGUUAUGGGGUGCAAGCUUGCAAAUGCCUGCGCUGGCUAAGGUUCAAGAUCAUCGCACAGUGCCUGCUGGCCUGGGGUUGGGAUGAGUUUGAGACCUUCGAAGUCUUGAUGAGUGUGCACAGCGUGCAGGACAUCCAGAACGACGGUCUGUUCGGCAAGAAGGAGUUCAAGGUGAAGGCAAGCUUCAACUGGAGCAACACGGAGACCUCGGGGACCCAGGACAUGCGCUGGGAGCAGACGAAAAAGCUGGAGAUACCCCAAGGCGCCGCCGAAGGGAUUAUCAGCCUCUGGUCACUGGGGACCAUCAAGGACUCGAAGGUGGCGUCCUACUCUUUGGACACGAAGAAGGACAUGCUGGACAAGGCCGAGUCCUUCUUCGGGAAGAAGCAGAAGCUCAAGCUUCAGUACAAGGGGAAGACGGUUGGAACUUUGCUGAUCACCUUCAGGAAGCGGGGGAAAGGCGAGGGCGACAUUGGGGACUGCCCAAUCGACGGCAUUGACGAGGACUCGCCGUUGCUGAUUGACAUCAACAAUGCCAUCCAGGAGAUGGUCAAGAAGAAGGAGCUCCAGCCUUUGCAGAAAGGCGAGAA